AUGAACCCAUCAAUGUACGAUGCUAGUUUUGUACAGCCGUGUCGUGUACGACUUCUAGUGGUGCCCGUUGGGAAAUGGAAAAGAAGCCAGUUUUUAGAAGCUGUUACGAAAUUGAGAAAGUACAAUGAGGUCAGAUUGGUUGACAUUACCCCAAUUGAUAGUCCACUCUUUACUCCACAGGGUUUCCCACAGGGUAGGCUAUUCUUUGAAGUUAUUACAUCUGGUCAUAACGAUGCGUUAAACCUGUUUCUCUAUGAUUUCGAGCCAUUUAGAAAGAUAUUCGUUGUUGUGGGACUUGUGAACGAUGAUUCCUCAUCUGAAGAUAAUCUCAAGGUUUUGAAGGAGAAAUAUCCUACCGUCAUCUCGCAUAACUUGAUAUACGUGGGCUCUAAUGUAGAUGCCGGGUCUUCUCAAGACGCUCAAGUUUUCCGCAGUGGCGAUGAGUUUGAGUCCAAUUUGGAAACCAUCAUCUGUGAUAUUGGUAGGAAUUUCCUACAGGCACUUUCACAUUACUAUUCUUCUUAUAAGCAUGUUACCUUGAGAUCUCCAGGUGCCAUUGGUGGUAAUGCAGUAUUGAAGACCUCAUUGACAAGACAACUGGCCCAUGCCAAUUUGCCUACGAAUUCUACGUCAUCAUCCUCAUCAUCACGAAAGAUGAACAGUUUUGAAUCAACUACUAAUAGCAUCAAAAGAUCAGCAUCUUUGAAACUGGCGAAAUCACUAUCCACCUCAGAAAACAGAUCGCAGUUGAGAUCUCAGGGGAGACAGCACAAGAUUUUGGGAAAUUUCCAAUUACUUGCCGGCAGGUACAUUAGUGCUCUCCAUAGUUUUACUGAAGCAGUCACACAAUUGUACAAAGUUCGUGAUCAUCUUUGGUUAGCAUCUGCAUUGGACGGCAUUGCUAUAUGUCUUCUUUUGUUAAGUUUUCUUAACAUAUCUUUCCAAAUACCAUACAUCGUCAUGCUAAUCAUACCUGUCCAAACUUCUAACCCUAGUGCUGAUCCGAUUUCUCCGCGAAAUAGUUCUAAUGGUCCUAUUAGAUCUCCAAGAAAUUCUUCAAGCUCACUAGGAUUAAGUCAAGACGUUGAUGUGGAAAAUGUUAAUUUACCAAUCCUAAUCAGAUCAAUUUCUGAAAAGAUACUAUACUAUUACGAGUUAAGUUUGAACCAUCACUGCGAUUACGCGCCGCAAACUGUUUAUUCAGAGACAUUAUUGAAAACAUUAACAUUUAUGGUAACAUGCUAUUCAAGCACCAAGCUAUCUCCACCUAUAUUGGAAAAAAUCAUAAAAGGUUCACUUUCCUCAAGUUUGGGACCAGCAACAAUGUUCGAUAGUAAUCAAUUGGGUCCAAUAGAUGGGAAAGACGAGAUUCUUUUCUCAAAAAUUGAAAUUUAUUCCUUUGCUAAUAAAAUUUUUGAGCUCCAAUUAAAAGAAAUGGACCUUGAAAGUCAGACUAUUAUCUACAUCGUAUUAUCCAAAGUUUACCAUUCUUUGGGAUUUGCCAGGAAAAGAUUAUUUGUCCUACGCCUUUUACUUGUAGCCCUCUUAGCAAACCAAGAGAAGAUUAACUGGGAUGAGAAUUAUCUAGAAAUCUUGGAUGGAAUGAUAAAACUUUAUGGUAUAGAGGAUAGAACUCCGGAAACGUCAGUACAAGAUUCUCAAGCUUCAGCGUGGUUGACUUUGCAGAGAAAAUGCUUGCAGCUAUGUUUAAUGGUUUCACGCAAGCUUAAGAAUUCUGAGUGUACCUCUAGGUAUGCAGUUAUGCUCUUGAGCAGAUAUACACAUUUAUUAACCCAAUCUGAACAGCAGAAUCUUUUCACUUCAUUUAUUCAACCGUCCAUGUUUGAUGGUUAUAUUCAAUCCUACUGGGAUCCUUUUCUGUUAAGAGAUGUUAAAUUGACAAGAUUAGAAUCAGAUGUUUCCGGCGGUGAAUUGCCCGUUGAGUCAGAAAUGAGUGUUUUGGAUAAAAAAGCCAAGGUCAACCCUACAAGGUCAGAUGAAGUUUUCAAUCCAUUUAGACAGCUACUAGCUGCCGAUAAAGUGGUUUCCGAGGCGGAUCCCACGUCGCAAAACGUUUUCCUGGUAGGUGAUAGAGCCAUGUUCUCAUGCAUGGUUCAAAACCCAUUUAAAUUCGAAAUUUCUUUUACAGGUAUUCAAUUCAAUUCUGAGACUACAAAGUUCUGUGAGUUGGGGAAAAGCGAUGUUAACUUGAAAAGACCUUAUUACGUGGGCCCUGAAUCGAUUAGAAUCAUCAAUUUGCCGCUAGAAUUAAAAAAAGCAACUCAUCACGAAUGGCUCAAUAUCGAUUCCGUAAAAAUAUCCGUCAUGGGUCUCCCCGCUAAGGAUUUCCCUAUCGCUCUUUCAGAGAACCGUAUCUCCAAGCCAGAUGUAGAGAAUGAUAGGUUUAAUGCAGGCAGGGUUCAAAUUAAAAUUUUACCUGAACAGCCUGAGUUACAACUGUUGAGGACAAAUAACAUGACUGACAAUUCAUGGAUGAUGUUGCAUGGAACCAAAAAACGCUUCACAAUAACUUUGAGAAACAAAUCGUUGAAAUGCCCCAUCGAGCAUUUACAAUUUCUACACUCUUCCAAUAUUGAACAAUCCAUCAAACCUGAUUAUUGGAAGAAAAUGCAAUUAGACGAUUUAUAUGGUUUAGAGACCCAACUGGAAUGGAUGAAAAAUAAAUGUAUCAAAUUCAUAGACCCACCUCAAAGAAUGGAACCCCAUGAAACUUGUUCCUUCGACAUGGAAGUAGAUGCGACUGCCACACCGUUCCAUUUCAACGGGUUUGAUCUGGUUAUCAACUAUGGAAUGAAUGCAAAUGACAAGUCUCGAGUGUAUUUGAAAACGCUUCAUUCUUCAUAUCACGUCACUUUAAAGAGGUCAAUUGAAGUAUCCAGCAUUGAUAUCGUUUCAUUGAAUCAAGAUUUCACAUCUGAAGCAGACCAUGUGGACUGGGUCCAUUACCUUUUGAAGAAGCAAGAGACAGAUGAUAAUUUCAACAUCAACAAAUAUUUGUUGUUACUUCUGGAUGUUAGAAAUUCUUGGAUCGAUAGUAUUAAAACUCAACUCCAUUAUGAGGAUUUUGAAAGUCAUGAGUACACGAUAGAGUCCCUGCAUACCACUAGAGUCGUUAUCCCCAUAAGGAAGCUCGAAUACCAAAAUUACAACUUCAAAAAGCAAUUAGUUCCAAGAGUCUGGCAAGGGCGACAGUACAUCCAAAGUGGCCUCAACGAGGAACAAGAAAUUGAAAUGAGGGAAAGAUUUUGGUGUCGACAGCACAUUCUUUCACGUUUAUCAUGUGAUUGGAUAUUGACUACUGAUGCUUCCAUUAAGGGAACCGUGUAUUUCCCACAAUUUCUCGAGAGAUUCGAUCCCAAGAUGGUCUCAAGCCUUUACGAGGCCAAAUCACCUUACCAUAUUGAUCUUUCUAUUGAUAAACGUAGCGUCACCAAGGGCGAAUGUGUCAAUGCCGUAGUUAAAGUGAGUCCCAGAUCUAUUUCAGAUUGUACCACUUCUCCACAGUCACCACCAGAGAGGCUACUGCUGAAUUUCGCAAUAUUCGAUAGCCAUACGGCAAAACUCCUGUCCAAAUCCAACAGACGUGUUUUGUUCAAUGGGACUCUAUCCCGCCAUUUGAUAGUUAUCAAACCCGUGGAAACGCAAUUGCAAUUGUUGCCGCUGGAAAAAGGUAGCUAUGAGAUCUGCGUAUGCCUCUCUAGAUCCGAUUCGAAAGAUCAAGCAAUACAAUUCAAUUCCGGUUUGGUUACAUUCACUGUAAUAUAA